GUGACAUCACGGGCCGCGCCAAACGCGCGGGCGCGGCGGAGCUGCGCCCUGCAGCCCCGUGGCCAUGCCCAAGCGGAGCUGUCCGUUCGCGGACGCGGCCCCGCUGCAGCUCAAGGUGCGCGUGGGCCCGAGGGAGCUGGGCCGUGGCGUGUGCGCCGAGCGCUACUCGCGGGGAAUCUUUGAGAGGACCAGGCAACUCCUCUUCCGCGGGGCCCAGGCCUACAUGGACCGCACGUGGGAUGAAGGCUGUGCCAUUGUUCACCUGCCAGAGUCCCCACAGCCCGGCCCCACGGGGGCCCCUCGGCCUGCACGGGGACAGAUGCUGAUUGGACCAGACGGCCGUCUGGUCAGGAGCCGGGCCCAGGCCCCCGAAGCUGACCCGUGCAGGGCAGCACCCGUCGCCUGCUCGUCGUGUGUGCGCGCCGUGGACGGCAAGGCGGCGUGCGGCCAGUGCGAGCGGGCUCUGUGUGAGCGCUGUGUGCGCACCUGCUGGGGCUGUGGCGCCGUGGCCUGCGCCCUGUGCGGCCUUGUGGACUUCGGUGACGUGGACGAGAAGGCGCUGUGCCCCGGCUGCGCCAUGCUCGAAGCCUGAGGACCGUGGGGUCGUUGUGCCGGCGCCUGCGUUCACACCGAAGAGCAGGGUGGGGGUGGGGGGCUUUUGUAUGCUGUUUUGUACUCUGAUGACGGAAGCGAAUGAACCCCUUUAUGUUUGUGCUAA